UCCCUCUCCAAGACGCUGAUAUAUUUCGCCUGCUCCUGCUCAUUCCUUUCAACUCACUCCCGUAUCUCCACUCAAGCCAUCAACAAUGGCUGCCUCUUUCUCCUCCUCCUUCUCCCUCAUAAUUUUCUUCACACUUCUCUGCCUAUCCAAUGCCUCCCCACGUCUCCCCACCAACUUAAAGCUCAUCCCCGUGACCCCUCACCUCCAAUCCUCCAUCCCCUCCUUCGAUCAGAUCAACGCCCAUGACAAAAGCCGCCUGAGCUACCUCGACAACCUCAUCAAGAAAACCAGUGUUCCCAUCGUCUCCGGCCGCGCCUUCCAGCAAGCCGGCAACUACUUGGUCAGGGCCAAUGUGGGCACCCCCGGCCAGACCCUGCUCAUGGUCAUGGACACCAGCAACGACGCUGCAUGGCUCCCCUGCUCCGGCUGCAGCGGCUGCUCCUCCCAGACCCUCUUCACCCUCGAACAGUCCUCCACCUACAAGCCGCUGCAGUGCAGCGCUCCCCAAUGCCGGCAGGCGGCGAACUGGUUCUGCGCCCCGGCGACGUCCGACUGCCAUUUCAACAUGACCUACGGCGGCUCCUCCUUCGACGCUCUCCUGUCUCUGGACUCGCUCGGCCUAGCCCAGGACACUCUGCCCGGCUACGCCUUCGGCUGCCUCCGGACCGUGACCGGAACCUCCAUCCCGGCGCAGGGCCUGCUGGGACUGGGCCGAGGGCCGCUCUCGCUUCUGUCACAGGCCGGAAACCUCUACCAGAAAACCUUCUCCUACUGCCUGCCGGACUUGAGGGCCACCAAUUUCACCGGUUCGUUGCGUCUCGGAACGGUCGGCCAGCCGAAACGUAUCAAGUACACCCCGCUGUUGGCCAACCCCAGAAGGCCCACCCUGUACUACGUGAACAUGACCGGGAUAAGAGUGGGGAAGAGGUUUGUGGACAUCCCUUCAAGCGCCCUGGCCUUCAACCCUGCCACCGGCGCCGGAACCAUAUUCGACUCGGGAACGAUGGUGACUCGGUUGGUGGCGCCGGUCUACGCGGCGGUCCGGGCCGAGUUCCUGAGACGGAUCAACCUACCCGUCUCGUCGCUGGGUGGGUUCGAUACGUGCUUCACCCAGCCGAUCGUGCCGCCGACGAUCUCGUUCCAUUUCGACGGGAUGUUCGUGACGCUGCCGACUGAGAACGUCGUCAUACACAGCAGCUUCGGGACGACGACCUGCCUGGCCAUGGCCGCGGCGCCGGACAACGUCAACUCCGUGGUGAACGUCAUCGCCUCGUACCAGCAACAGAACCACAGGGUUCUGUACGACGUAGCCAACUCCCGCCUCGGUGUGUCACGUGAGCACUGCAGCUAAUGGCCACGGGUUGGUCACGUGACCUCGGGUUGCGGCUAAGUCCUGAUAUUUGUCGCGGGCAUUCGUGGUGUGUGGCUGCUUCCGGUUCGUCUUCUCUGUUCAGCCUUAGUUCAAAUCCGGCCGUCGUCAUUGCUUUGCUUGUUGAUGCUUCUCAUUUUUCAAGUUCCUUUCAGUAGCUUUUUUUUUUUGUUCUUCUUCCCAUAAUGUGUGCUGAUGGGUGUAGCAGGUCAUGGUAAAAGGCAUGUUCAAAACUACAAAAUAACAGCCUUUUCUUGUGAGAAAUCCAAUUUUUUUUUUUGUGUGUGUUUUUUUUUUACCAAAGUUAAAGUCUGAGUCUGUAUCUUUAAUUUCCCUCUUCAAUCAUGAAUCGGAUUAGUUUAA